GACAGCCGCGCUGGGCCUGGACCCGCUCCUCCGCGGACGGUCGCAAUGUGGCUCUGAGCUCCGGCGGCUGCACCGGCUCCGCGCGCGGAGUGCUGGGCGCACGGGUGUCCCGAGGAAGAGAGUCAUUUUUUUGGCAAACAAACCAAGCCCAGAACCUGAUCGUGCUGAACGUCAUAUGCUGACAGCUCUUGGAAUCUACCCUUUGGCUUAGCUUUCAACCCAGAGGUUCAUCUUACCCAGGAAAAGAAUGGCUUAUGUGAAGAUGAGAUGGAUAUAUAUAUCCCUGGUGGUCCUGGGAGCCCUUUGUCUGUAUUUUAGCCUGGACGAUCUGAGUCCUUUUAAAGGCGAACCAUUGGUUUUCAGGAACGAAGAUGGGAACUUCCUUCAGCUCCCAGAUAUAGACUGCAGGCAGGAUGCCCCCUUCCUUGUCCUGCUGGUGACUUCAUCCCACGAACAGAUGUUUGCCCGCUCGGUCAUCCGGAACACGUGGGGGAGAGAAAAGAUCGUGGGUGGAAAACGAAUAAAAACAUUCUUCCUCCUGGGAACCACCCCCAGUAAGGGCAUGUCGAGAGCAGUGGCCCAGGAGAGCCAGCAAUAUCGCGAUAUUAUCCAGAAGGACUUCAUGGAUGUUUAUUUCAAUCUGACUCUGAAGACCAUGAUGGGUAUGGAGUGGAUCUACCGCUUUUGUCCGCAGGCAUCUUUCGUGAUGAAAACAGACUCUGACAUGUUUGUCAACAUCUACUAUCUGACUGAACUGCUCCUGAAGAAAAAUAGAACAACUCGGUUUUUCACCGGCUUCUUAAAACUAAACGAAUACCCAAUCAGGAAAAGGUACAAUAAGUGGUUUGUUAGUAAAUUCGAAUAUCCGUGGGACAAGUACCCGCCCUUUUGCUCCGGCGUUGGCUAUGUUUUCUCCAGCGAUGUGGCGGGCCAGGUGUACAACGUUGCUGAAAGUGUCCCGUUCAUUAAACUGGAAGAUGUCUUUGUGGGGCUCUGCCUGGAAAAACUGCAAAUCAAACUGGAGGAGCUUCACUCCAAGCAGACUUUCUUCCCCAAUGGGUUACCCUUCACCAUAUGCCGUUACAAGAAGAUCGUGGCCUGCCAUUAUAUCAAGCCUCACAAUAUCCUGGCGUAUUGGCAGGCUCUGGAAAGUUCCCUGGACAAAGAGUGUCCAGAUAUCUGAAGGGAGCCCAGCGGAACAUCUGGACACACAGCAGACAGCCCACGGUGAUGGUUUUUGAAAGAUCUUGGAUGGCACAGCUGAGACUCCUGGGGUAGGGAGGGAGUAAGGAAGGAAGAGGCAGAAGAGUGAGGGUGAUAUCCUGAAGGCUUCCCAAUCUAAACCUGAAUGCCACCACUGAUGAAUCCCCAUUUGGUGCCCCAAGCCAUAACAAAUACUCUCUCUCGAGUACCUACCCUGUUGCACUAAGUGACGUACGCCUGCAUUUUCUCACGUCGGGUCAGCAUCCAUAUGGAGGGGUGGAUGUUAGCACCCCAUCUCACACACAAGGAAACAGCAGCUUAGAGAAGCACGCGGGCCUGUCCCAAGGAUUACAGCCAGCAGACACUGGAGCAGGGAUGAGAGCCCACCUCUCAGCCCACCGCCUCAGUCCACCCCUGCGUGCUGCCUCUUGGGAGAGGACGGUAGUGAGGGAGGCUCAGAGGGAAGCCUUGCUGCUGGCAUCUGUCAGUCCCUUGCUAGAGUCCCCUCCUCCUCAGAUCCCAUUCCUGUGCUUUUUAGUGCAGAGACUGGGGUGAACCAAUGCGCCCCCAGCUCCCUUUGUUCACUGCAGUGGGUCUGGCUGGCCUGAGACCGUGUUAGCAGCUUGGCCCUCAACUCACUGCAAAGCACGUGCCAGAAGACACCUCCACAGCGGCUGCAGCUCAGCCCCCAAGAAACACCCAGCUCGAGACAGCAAUCAGCCUUUAAAGAUUUGGCUCAGAAAUCUCUGUGAAGCUCGGCCCAUGGUACAGACUCGUUGGCCACUCUGCUGAGUGUGGGACCCCGAGAGCAUGGCAUUUCCCCCCAGCCAUCUGCGGCAACCCCGCCUGUUGGCUCCACAUGCCCUUGGUCUGCACGUCAGGUCUCCAAGUGCAAACUGGAAGGCAGUUGGAUGCAAGGCUUCGUCUGUGAAGGAUGCUGGGAGCUUUUCUGGGAAUUUGGGUGGAUUUAACUCAAGACACUCUUAAGAACCCCCUGGGACACUGAGCACUGAACUGAGUCCUGGUCAAGGGAGCAUCUUCCUGGGUCCGUUUCCUAAAUCUGAUCCCAGCUCAGCUUCUGUGAACUUCUCAGAUGGCCAAGGAACAGCUGAGUUUUGUGGUGUGGAGUUAAACCUUCAAUAUUCUUCUGAUGGUUUGGAAGAACCCUGUUCUGCAGGGUUGGGUGGCAAUGAAGCACUUUUUUUUUUGCCAGGGUCUUUGCCCGUUCAGUCACUGUCACAUGACACGCAGAGCCAUCUUGCUCCCGGUCAUUGAGAUGAACGGUUCUUACUUUCUACUUUACGGAACUGGAUGUUAGCAGCCUGCAAAGCCAAGACCUCACGUGGCUGUGAAACUUAUAAAAGUUGGGCGAACCUCUUACCUGAACUCAGAAAGAGAUGUUCGCUGCAAAGUGGUCAUGGCCGUGUUAAAUGGCAAAAUGGCAUCUUAUUUUGCACAGUGUUUCUCGCAUCUGGAUGGAGCUGCUUCUUGGCAGAUGUGUUUUCUUAUCCUGGCUGCUCUGAACGUGCUGGGUCAUGUUCAGAAAAGCCACCUUCUCAGGUGGGAAAUCAGGGACUGAACUUGUGUUUUGAAGCCUGGAUUUUGCCAGGGUGGAUCCCUCGGUCCCAUAGGAUGGGCUGCCUCUCAACGGUGAUCUUUGAGGGUGAAGCAGUUUGUCUGGCAGUCCAGCCCUUGUCUGGUGUGCGUGUUCAUGUGGCCACCAAGCUGGGUGGGUGAGUGUGGCUGACUCAGGAUCUGGUCUUCUCAGCAUCCACCCAAAGCCCUCGGCCGUAGGGGUCCAUGAGCACAGGCUCAGCUCCACCGAGAGCCUGUCUGCGUUCUUAAAGGGCUUUCUGCAAAACACAUUCGGCCCCCUGCACCCCCCGCCGACUCUAUUUCUUUAUGUAAUGAAGACGUUUUCUUCUCGAGGGAAAAAAAUGUUUCGUGACUGUAGACCUCGAAGGGACCAUCGAGCUCAUUUGGUCCUGCCUUUACGUAGGAUGAAAAUAAAGCUCGAAGAGACCCGGAGGCUUGCCCAAGACUUUGCCCGAGACUUCACAGCUUGUUUGUUGUGGAAUGCAGGUUCCAGCCAGAGCUGUAUUCCGUGAUGCCGUCUUGCCUGGGUGAGAGUGAGAAACCGUGAAAGUGUGAAUUAGGAGGCAAAGCGAUGCUUUUCCAAUAACACCCAAAGUGAGUUUCAAAGUGGGAUUGGAGAGGAGCCAGGCUGGUGAUGCAGUGGCUUCACUCACGGGCAUCCAGGGACGAAUGAUGCUGAUGGCAAAGGUUAUUUGCUGGGCACUGAGAUAAGGGCUUUAAAAAUAUUACCUCCUUAAAUGCGCACAACCACUCCAGUGGGGAGGUGACCACCCGUUUCCUUGCUUUACAGAUGAGGAAACCGAGGCAGAGAGAGAGCACGAACAGCUAGCUCAAGCUUAUAUAGCUGAAAAGCAGCAAAAAUAGAAUGUGAACCCCAGCUCUUGGGGGCACUGUGUGUGCUGGUUACACGCAGCGCUGCGGCCCCUAGGCGGUCAGCGGGCCCCAGGGAUGCAGUCAGUGUCCAGAGGGAUGCAGGUGCCCGCUGCCUUGGCUGCUCAGGUUGCACAUCUGGCCCUUCACCAGUCUCUCCGCAUCACGCACACCCACCCUCCAGGAUCUGAACCCCGAAUCCUCCCCUCUGCUGGGCUCCCGCAGAGCCAGCCUCUCCACUUUGGGGCUUGAUUCCCAGCUCUCCUUACCUCUUCAAGAGCAAGACCCCUGCCCAGGCCUCACUCCCACUCUCACCGUCCAUCUCCCCUCUGCUGGCUCAGCCCACACGUGGCCAGAUGUGCUGUCAUUCCCCAUCUCCCAAACCAUCAUAAAACCCUUUCCCUUCACUGCCCCACUUCUCCCUUUGCUGUUCAGCCCCACAAGAGCGUUUUCCAUAUUUGUCUCCUUUUCUGUCUGAAAUCCCCUCUGAAAUCAGAGUCUGGUGCCUGACUCCACCAGAUGGUUCUCACCAACGUCAUUGAUGACCCGAGAUGCGGGGUCCAAGGUCUGGUCUCUGCCCUCAUCGUGCUGCCCGCACGGCUGGUCUCGCCCGCUUCCAGGACACUGGAUGCUUUGGGUUCUCCUCCUCACCGGUCCCUUCUUUGCUUGUUCUAUCUCCUCGCUCUGCCUUGGCCUCCUUUCUUCGCUGGUUGUACUCUGGUGGUCUCAUCCAGCCCCACGGUUUAAAAUAUCCUCUCUCAUGUUGAGGAUGCCCGUUUAUCUCCAGCCUGGAAUUCUCUCUCACUUUUCAAUCUCAUAUGUCCCACUGCCUGCUUAACACCCCAUAGUGAGCAAAUCCGAAACUGAAGUUGGGAUGAACCCCUCCCUCCACUCCUAAUCCACACCACCUGCAGCCUUCACUACCUCAGGUAAUGGCCCUUCCAUCCUUUGGUGGCUCAAGUCAAACACUUCGGAGCCAUCUGUGACUCCUCUCUCUCUCAGCCGGUAUGUCAGGAGAGAGACCAUCAUUUUAUAUCCAGAAGCCAAUCACUGCCCCUCACUGUGCUGCUGCCACCCUAUCCAAGCCCCCAUCAGCUCGCACCUGCGCUCUGGCAAUAGCUUCUACCUCGUCUCUCCACCUCUGUCACUGCGUCCCCUUGGUCUGUUUCCUAGGCGGCAUCCAGACUACUCCUUUGAAAAUAUGGACCAGAGCAUCUUACGUCUCUGCUCCAAACCCUCCAGUGACGUCCCAUGUCUGAGAAAAGCCGCAUCUUUAAUAUCAUUGUGUGCCUCUGUUAUUCUCUAACCUCAUCCCUUCCUACCCUCCCCGCACUCACUCUGGCCUCCCUGAAAGGAGGUACUAUUCCUGCAGCACAGGCCUCCUUGCUCUUCCUGGAGCAUCCGGCCACCCUCCACCUUCCUCAGGGCCUUUGCAAGGGCUGUUCCCUCUGCCAGGCUCGCCCUUUCCUUAGACAGUCUCGUGGCCCAUUCCUUUGCUUCCUUCACGUCUUUGGUCAUGUACCCCCUUCUUAAUGAGCCUCAUCCUGAUUACUUUCUUUGGAAUUGCAACUCAACCCACCCCCGUCCCCUUGCCUUGUUAUAUUGUUUCCAUUGCACUUAUCAAUUUCUAACAGAGUAUACAAUAUCUAUUUAUUAUCAUGUGUCUAUUUUGUUUAUUAUUUAUAGUUCACCCCACUUGAGCAAAAGCUUUGUGCAAGAAUGGGUCUUUGUUUUCUCCACUGAUGUACCUCAAAUUCUUAGCACAGUUCCUGGUACAUAGUAGAUGCUCAAGAAAUAUUUGUCGAUUGGACGUGAGAUGACAUUUGUGGAAGGUGGUUUUAGAGGGGAAGUGAUGAACCUCGACUAAAAUGUGAAGGAUUUCUAACAUGUAGCCAACACUAUGGGUCCAACGUAUGGUUCCAGUAUCAAUCAGUAAAUGGGAUGCUGAAAUCCUGUUUUUACUGAAAACUGGGACCUGAAAACCUAGAAAUGCUAUAUGGCAGUGCUUCUUGACCUCACAUCCCCCUUUUUCGAGAAUGGAAAACCUCCCACGUUGAGAAGUAGACAGAAUCCUAUAAUGUACUCCGUGCGCCUGUCCCCGAGUCCUCCCCACCCCUGGCUCCUGCCAUGGCCAAUCUUAUCUCAUCUACAACCUCCUUCUGUUUUCAUGAUUAUAAAAUUUUGGAUCUUUUCCUCAACCGUAUGCAACUUUUAGUCUCAGGAGAAGGACAACAGUAAACCAAAUUGUUAUGAAAUAGACCUCAUUUCUAAAGAUGAUGACACCUGCAAUAAAAGGUAAAGAGAUAGUUUCAGGUGAAGGUAGAAUUGCUGUGCUUCCGAACUUCAAGAGGUUUUAGAGCUCUGGUCCCAUCCCUUUAGUUUAUGUGUGAAAACCAAGAUUUGCAGAAUUUGAGCUUCAGGUCAGCACUCAGAGGGUUGCUGACUCUCAGCCUGAUGCUACACCCAUGGUGCUGUACUGCCUCUUUCUUUCUUAUGAACCUAAUUCCUAUUUGUCUUAAAACACACCACGGUAGCCACAUAGGGUUACAAAAAGGGAGGGAGGAAAAAUCCAAACACACAAAACCUGUCAGACCUCCUUUCCUUGAGCUCCCAAGUAGCAUCUGCUCCUGGACACCCCUCCCAGGUGCAUCUAAAAGGCACAUCGAAACCACAUAUUCACCCAUCCGACCCCUAGCCCUGUCUUCCCCCAGCGUUUCGGGUUGCAGGAAAUGUCACUGUCCAUCUGCCUAUUCAGUUCUUCGACUUUCCUGUGCCUCGCUGCGGCCCUGCCAUGCCUGAUGGUUGCCGAUUCCCGUGGAUUUGGCCUCUUCUCUCCACAUCCAUCGUUGCAGCCUCAGUCCAGGGCACCAUCUUGGAUCAGCUGGUCUCAGGCAACAUGUUUUUUACUGGUCUCAGAUCUGAUCAUGUUGCCUUCCAACCUCUCCUCCGCUUUACACCCAGAAUAAUUUUAAAAAAAGAAUUAUUGAAGUAUAGUUGAUUUACAGUGUUGUGUUAGUUUCAGGUGUACAGCAAAGUGAUUCACUUAUACAUACAUGUGUAUAAAUCUAUUCCUUUUCAGAUUCUUUUCCAUCAUAGGUUAUUAUAAGAUAUUGAAUAUAGUUCCCAGUGCUAUACAGUAGGUCCUUGCUGUUCAACUAUUUUAUUUAUAAUGGUGUAUAUCUGCUAAUCCCAAACUCCUAAUUUAUCCCUCCUCGCCCACCUUUCCCCUUUGGCAACCAUAAGUUUAUCUUCUAUAUCUGUGAGUCUAUUUCUGUUUUAUAAAUAAGUUCAUUUGUAUCAUUUUUUUAAGAUUCCACAUAUAAGCGAUAUCAUAGGCUAUUUGUUUUUUUCUGUCUGACUUACUUCACUUAGUAUAAUAAUCUCUAGGUCCAUCCAUGUUGCUGCAAAGAGAGUAAUUUUUUUUAGAAAAGUGGAUCUGAUUAGGAAACUCAGAGACCCAGGGAAGCUGAGUGAUUGCCCUGGGGGAAUUCUGUCCUCCUGUCCACACGAGCCAUGAGCUGCUUCAGAAGUCAGACUGGCAAUGCCAGCUACUGCUGCACAACCAGCACUGCUCCAGUGAUCCCCACGUGCUGGCACGAAGCGCUAAAAUGUACUUUUAAAACAAACUGAAUUAAUUUUCAUGUGAGUUUUUUGAUCCUCUUGAAAGUGGUUACUCUGGGGUUGGGCUGCCUGGGUUUGAAUUUUACUUCCCUCCCUCGCUCCAUAAGCAAGUUACUUAUCUUUACCUCAUUUAUUUUCAUCUGAAAAAUGGGACAAUAGUAGUUCCCACCUCACAGGGUUAUUGUGUUAGUUGAGACAUUGCGUGUAAACUGCUCAGUAACCUGGGUGCUUCUGAUGACGGUCAGUGUUUGGGCUGUGAAUUUGGGUGCAUUUUAUAGUGAUCCGUGGGCAAAUCAAGAGAUCUUCAGGGUGAGUCUUUAAGACUUUGUUUCAGCUCUUGUUCCUUUCUCUCCUUUUAAUCUUCCCUGGCACUCUUGAAGAAGUUCUUAUACCCAUUGCGUUCCUCAACAUCGCAGAGCACAGUGUUUCUAGACUCAGUUAAUUCAGAAGGUAUGACAACCUGAACAGGUAAAAAACAGACGGAGCCGGAGGUGCCUGAGAGAUUAUAUGCAGUUUAAAAAACAGCCUUCUUUUUCCAGAUGAGAAAACCGGGACUCAGGAAAAUGGAGUGACUUUGCUAAGUCCUUCAAUUAGCGGCAUCUCCAGGAUCAGAAACCAGCAUCAGAAAACUCAUGUCAGCCAUUCAUUCUUCUAUUUAUUCACCCCUUGGGAAAAUAUGCUCAGUGCUUUUUACAAGACGUCAGGAAUGAGAGUCAGGCUCAGGUUCACGGCCAGCCAUCUGUUCUGCAAACAGAGCCUUAGCUGGGUAAACACACAGUGUCAAGAAGAUGAAGGGGGUGUCUGUUCGCUGGACAACUGAAAGAAGAAGCGUUUGUUCAGUGCCUUCUCUGUUGACAGACAUCAUAAACCUUUUCCAUACCUGCUGUGUCCUCGAUUCCUCACAGUAGCUAUUCUUAUUAUAAACAACCCACUGGUUUUGGGCUGAGGUUCAGAGUGACUUACUGACCUGCCAGGGAGGCUCAGAUGUGGCAGAGACCACCCCCCCCUUAGCCUUCAGUGCCUCCCCCUUCACCAGGGCAUGGUUGGUGAGCCCUCCCACGGUGCUUAAGGACCGGCAAAGCCUCCUGAGUCUCCUGGGAAGCUCAGGACUGGCUCCGCCCAACCGCGCAAGGGGUCUGCCGUCUUGUCUUUGUUCCACGUGCCACCACUUCUUCUCCAAGUGUUGACAGCACCUCUGCUCCUUCCCUGUCCUAUGUGACCUUCUGGGACUUGGCCCUUUGUCAUCUAUGGUGUCCCAGGAAUCUCCUGUUUAGCUGGGUCCUCCAACCUGUCCUGUCCUGGCCAGCCCCAUCUUGAGUUCACUCAAGUCUGCGUCUGACGGCUUGAACAAGUGUCUGGCUUCAGAACACGAACCCCUCCAGGCCAGUCCAGCCCACUUUUCACCUCUCUUUACCCGAAGCCCUUGCAAAACAAGCCGUCCCUCCAAAGAGUGUGGGUUCAACACUGCAGGCAUUGGCUUCUAUCAGCGUGCGUGCAUGUGUGCGGGCGUGUGUGCGUGCGUGUGUGCGCAAAGGUGUGAUCUGAGGCUCUAAAUAGAGGCUCCGUGCUCAGUGGCAGCCGGUUUUUGUACGUUAUCUGCCCUCCCCAAGUCUGUGAAGGGCGAUAAGGAGAGCGAGGUGAUGUUUGCCCACGUGGGAUGUGAAGAGCAGGUGUCCCCAGUGUUCUCAGCCCUGGACGUGACAGUGUGGAGUCUGAGAGGUGUCCCUUGUCACCUGUUGCACAGCAAGUAUGUGCCACGUGCCGCGCUUGGUGUGGUGGAAACCCGGGCUGCAGGAAUGGUCUGCAGUCGCCUUGGUCAGAGAUUUUCCUGAGCUCCACCUUUCAGGCAGGAUACUUAGAAAAAGUGAAAGAAAGUGAAAGAGAUCAAACAGCCUCUUGAAUUUGGAUGUACUUCUUAGAAGCAAGGGCUGCGCCCACACUACUAUUUAGAGUGGUCUGCUGCACUGAGCCCUGAUACACCAGCUAAAGGGAAAAGGCCAGGUCUGGGUGCUUCUCCUGGGCUCUCCAGGCUGGGCGUCUACGGCUCUACAGGAGAUUAAAUAAUUGACAAGCCUGCUUUUACACAACACCUGCUGUGCCUCCUCAUUUUAAAAAUAGACGGGAUGUUUACCUUUUCUCCACGCCUCCCGUUUGGAAGUAUUUGUUUUCUCAUUUUUUAAAGAAUUCAUUUUUGGCAUUUGUCAUAUCAGGACUGACAUUUUAGCAAUUUCCCAAGUGAUUGUCAAAUUCUCCCAGGCUUCUCUUCCCUCUGUCCAGGCCGCUGCCUGGUGGGGAGGAGAUACUUAAUAAACUAGUUGUUGGGUUAGGUGUUCAAGCAGAAUGGUGGGGUGGAGUAGAAGAUAAAGUGAACCGCAGGUCCCUUCAAGCACCCAUCCCUGAAACCUCUUUUCUAGAUUGUUGUUGCUACUCAUUUUUAUGUCUGUUUGGUUUUACAUGAUCCAGAAAUCUGUAUGUGAACUUGGGCUGAGGUGUAUUAGAGAUAAACUCUCAAGGAUGUGUCUGGGAGGUGAAAUAUGCUUACAUUCUCUGUUUUGAAUUUGAUGGAAGGAUUUGUAGCUUGUGGGAACUUAGAAGCAUGAGUUCCUCUAUUUUCUUGCUUUUCAAGUAUGACUGUGAGGAAAAACCCUUUGCUCUCAGAUUGGACACUGAGUGGUGAAGCUCCCCGCCUCCCAUGUGGGGCAAAGAGCCAUGAAGCUUGGGUGAGCCCAGGGGACAAGGAAGCGGGGGUAUGUCCUAGUGCCUGCCAGAUGGAAUAGGGACAGACCAAAAAAUUAGCUUUUAAUUAAAUAAAAAACCCCAAUUCUUCUCUUAUCAGACAUAAUCAACCUUAAGUAUAAGUAGAAAAAUGAAUUCCAUAGCCAAAUGUAGCUUUUGGUGUCAUAUUGUUUUGCCUUGUCUCUUUGUCCCACUACCUCUGUACUCUGGUUGAAGAAACCCGUGCCCAAUGCAGGCAGAGUUUAGGUCACCAGGGUGGCGUUUACCUGGCCUGGCCCAGAGCUCCUGCCACACACAUUCCGGGGGAGUUAAUGCAAGGUCUUCAAGUCCUCAAACAGAGACAAACCAAAGAAGUAGUGAUACUCUUAGUUAAAUUCUGCUUUGGAAAAUGUCAGAUGCCAGGGGUGGGGGGUGGGGAUUGAUUUAUGUUCCACCUGGUCAAAUAAAACAUCAAGAAAAAUCCAGCGUGACUGGAAAUUACCUAAUGCCAACCGAGGACACUUUGUGGUCAAAUUUUGCUUGUCCUAAAGGACAAGAAAUAAAAAUAAAACUCUAUACUACUGAAUGAUACCUGAAAAUGUUGUCUCCCUGUAUUUUGGGGGAAUUUAUUAGACUCUUAUGUCAUCAUAUUUUGGGAGUAGGCAUAUAUAUUUAUUUAUGAUGUAUUAAGAGUGGUAUUUAUCUUUAAUAAAAAUUAAAUUAUUAUGAUAGCAGAGUGCACUUAACUUGGUUCGUUCUCAGUUGUCGAUAAUGCGAUAAACUUGUGUUCUUCCUGAGAAGUCAGCAAUGUAAGAUUUAAACUGGACAAUCUUCCUUUUUCCCCCUGACAUUGAUGUUUUUUAUAUUUAUUCUGUUUGUGGAAAAUAUUUUAAAAAUUCGACUUUGAUUUUAUAUGUUUAGAAAAAUAUGCUGAACAACCUUGACAGGCUUAUCUUUGUAAGAGAUGGGGAUUUCGUGUUUCACUUGGAGUUUGGAAGCAAAGAAAUGGAGCUGUAACUCUUGCAGAGUCUUUAGGGUGCAGUGCCUGGGCGAGUGACAGGAGGUGAGGUAUCCUGUUGGGAAUCAUAAGCCCAGGGUGUUAUGAGGCAGGCAUCCUUUGGAAUUUUCUUUCUCUCAGGUAUAUUUAUAGUCUUUAAAAGCUACCAUUUAAGUUUAAGAAAUCAAAGCUUGUGAAUUGAUAUGACUGUACCUUUAGAAUCUUCCUGGUAACUCAUCUCUGAGGUAUAGCUUGGGUCCUUGAUCUUUCAAAGUUCAUUUAAAUGGAAAUAAAAUGAUUGAAACAGA